AUGAUCUCCGUCACCGAAUGGCAGAAGAUUGGCGUGGGCAUCACCGGCUUCGGCGCCUUCUUCAUCCUCCUGGGAGUGCUCCUGUACUUCGACUCCGUGCUCCUGGCCUUCGGGAACCUGCUGUUCCUGACUGGCCUGUCCCUCAUCAUCGGCCUGAGGAAGACGCUCUUUUUCUUCUUCCAGCGGCACAAGCUCAAGGGCACCAGCUUCUUCCUGGGGGGGGUGGUGGUGGUGCUCCUGCGCUGGCCCCUCCUGGGCAUGUUCCUGGAAACCUACGGCUUCUUCAGCCUCUUCCGGGGCUUCUUCCCUGUGGCCUUUGGCUUCCUGGGCAAUGCCUUCAACAUCCCCUUCCUGAGUGAGCUGUUCCGGAGGUUCCAGGGCUCCAGCUCGAUGGUCUGA